CAGUUGCCAUCAUGAAACUGUUCGUCGCCAUCGCUUUUGCGCUGCUGGCUGUUGCUGCCGCCCAAGACCAGUACACCACCAAGUAUGACGGUAUCGAUCUGGACGAGAUUCUCAAGUCAGACCGUCUGUUCAACAACUACUUCAAGUGCCUGAUGGAUGAGGGCCGCUGCACCCCGGACGGUAACGAGCUGAAGAAGAUCCUGCCGGAAGCGCUGCAGACGAACUGUGCCAAGUGCAGCGAGAAACAGCGUGCUGGUGCGAUCCGUGUGAUCAACUACGUGAUCGAGAACCGCAAGGAGCAGUGGGAUGCUCUGCAGAAGAAGUACGAUCCGGAGAACCUGUACAUCGAGAAAUACCGCGAUGAGGCCAAGAAGGAGGGCAUCAACCUGGAAUAAGUGUGGCCCCUUUACAUCGAGCGAUC